CGAGGAAUGACCCAUCAUGCACUAUGACAUGACAUCCAAAAUGCUUUUGCUUUGGCCUUUGUAAAGGUUUCUAACUGGGUUCCCUCUAUAUGCAGAAUUUGGUUUCUUUGUGGACAAACAUAUUUUGAACGAUCCACACCCGGUACGCUCAUUCCGUCCGCACCUGCUCAACAGGGGCCUGUUCGGCACCGGUGACUCAUGUGUGAUGCACACGCCGCCGGCUCCAGUGUCAUCCAGUUACUCCGCUCCUCGCGUAGCCAAGCGCGCUGUGCUUUUCAAACCCCGUGGCACAGAUCGGUCGAGCUUCUAGCCAUGUCGCUGAAGGCCAAGCAGAGCAAGAUGGCGCCGCCCAUGACCGAGGGCGGCGACAAGCCGGUGAAGAAGAAGGGGAACAAGGCGAAGGCCCAAAAGACCAAUUGGGGGUACUACGUCUUGAAGCUCUUGAAGCAGGUGCAUCCGACCAUGAAGAUCUCCAAACAGGCGAUGGCGGUCAUGGUCUCCUGUGUGGAAGAUACCUUUGAGCGCAUCUCUCAAGAGGCGGGGAACCUUCACCGGAAGGACAAGGGCUCGACCUCGCUGACGACGCGCGACAUCCAAUCCGCGGUCCGCUUGGUCUUCCCGGGGGAGCUCUCGCGGCACGCGGUUUCCGAGGGAUGCAAGGCAGUGAUCGCUUUCCAGGGUGGCGCACCUCCGGAAGAGGAGGAGGAGGAUGAGGACGAGUGAGCGAGUGACGAAGCCAGGGGCGGUCCGCGAUGGCACCUGGAAGCCUUUUUGGGACGGUCCUUUCUUUUUCUAUAGACCGGUCUAGACCAGC